AGCGCCCAGUCACGAACUGCAGAAACAAGAUGCGAUGAGACACCGAUCCGAGGGGACUCUGUAGCAAGCACAGUCCCACCAUCUCCCCUCGUUGUUCUCGCAGACCUUCCCACGAUAGCAAUAUCAGAGGAUCCUCUUGUUCAUGUCGAGCGAACUGGCGAGUCCAACGAUCAACAGCACGGUUCCUCCCCCUUAUCUUCCGGCGAUCAUUUUUCCAACUUGAGAACCCCUUCCCCUCCGCGUGUACCACCAGACGUCAUUGUCAUUCCUCUGGCAAAUGAAAUGCAAGAAGAACUGCAAGAAGCUUUGAUAGGAGAUACGGUUGUGGAGACCUCUUUGAAACCUGUAGACCUUAUUGUCAACCAGCCUCCAGAUCAGCUUUUACAGCAGCUUCCAAUGCCUGUAGUUCCCUCAAACUUUGUCCCUUUCGUCGGGGAAGCAAGAUCAUUGCAGGAGGCUCUCCGAGUAGUUGUAGCAGCGCGACAACAAUUUGACCACCAAUCUCGCGAGGAGCGUGUUGACCCUGUACUUUUAUCGAACAAGGCCAUCGCCGAGCAGCCUCCAGCUUCCUCUACAUCCCCAGAAACUUUGAUUCAGGCGAUGAUGACAGGCGAACGUGGUGCUGUUAGGCUCCGGAGAUUUCAUGAACUUCGCCCCACCCUGGUCCAGCGCAUAGCUGAACGCCAGGAAACAGUAGAAGAGAAGACGAAGCGGCUUCGGAAGGAAUACACCGAGCUUCACGAUUCGUGGGUUGCGCAUUGCGCUCUGCUUGAUAGUCAGGGUCAGACAAACCCAGGGGACGAAAUGGCGACUGUUUCUGGGCGGACGACUCGUCGAUCAGCUGCUGUGCUCGGAGAUGCUGUCCGCUCAGACUUAGAGAUGGAGCAGAUCAUCGCAAGCUUGGGCAACGAGGACUUGACAGACCCGGCUCAUCUAGCUCUUCGUAACAUCGCUGUCAUUCCCGACAUGAUCUCGGUCACGCAUGGAAGGGUCGACGCACUGUUUGAUGAUACAAAUAAUCUCGUGGAAAACCCUGCCGCGUUCUAUGAUCCUAGUCCCAGUGUUGCGGCAUGGACAGACGAAGAGCAACAAGAAUUCUUCGAGAAAUUUGCUGCGCAUCCGAAGCAGUUUGGAAUCAUCGCCAAG